AUGCCUAUGAGAACUCUAGGAUCUAUAAGGAGAACCAAGGCAGCCCACGACAAACUGAUUCGCCUUAAAGACUUCAAGGUUGGGGACAGUGUGCUCUUGUUUAACUCCAAGUCGAGGUUGUUUCCCGGGAAGCUGAGAUCAAAAUGGUCGGGACCAUUCAAGAUCCAUGAAGUUCUACCUAUGGAUCCCUCACUCUACUCAACCAAGAGGGGAAGGAAUUCACAUCUAGCAAGGAACAGUUUUUGGAGAAGAAAAACUGAACAACUCGAUCGAGCCAAGAGCCGCAAGCUCGAUCGAGCUGAGAGAGUCGAUGGAGUGCUCCUGAUGGCCGUCUCCCAUCUCCAGACCACGACCUUGCCUCCCAGUUCUUUGGGGGGCACUGAGGCUAAGUUUGGGGGUGCCAACUCGAGCUCGAUCGAGUUGGGUCUUUUGGAGCAUUUGGAGCAUUGGGACGUGAGGAGCAAGGAAGGACUUGGUGCAUGGACGCAGCUCAACUGGAACGCAAAGGAGAAGAAGGAAGCCAUCUUGAAGACCAGCUCGACCAUCUACUCGACCAACCGGUCGAGUUCCUCAACUCGACCGGCCAAGCUUCAACUCGAUCGAGCUGAGAAGUCAAAGUCAAACCCGAAAAAUGUUGCUUCCCCCUUGACUUCCCUUUGA